AUGAGUUUUGUUAGCAAUAAUUCAUUUGCAUCGUUGAUGGAAAAUGAGGUUGAAUGCUACAGAUGUGGUUAUUUUGGUCAUAUUUCCAGAGAGUGUAUGAUAGUCAUUCCUCCACAGAUGCAACAACUCAGAGAUGUCAAACAGAUGGUUACCCCAAUGCAAAGCAAAAAGAAAGCAAGAAAGGCACCAAAGAAACAAUCUAAGAAGAAAUUCCAAGGUGUGAGUAAGAGAGUUUGGGUAGAGAAGGGAAGAGAUGACAUUGAAGACACCUCCCUUGUGGUUCAGACAGCUUUCAAGGCUCAAGACAAAGUAAAAACAACUGAUGUCUUGUAUGUUACUGGGUUGAAGCACAAUCUACUAAGUGCCAGUCAAAUAUGUGACAAGGGACACAAUGUACUCUUCAACAAAUCUGGUUGUGAAUUCAGACAUGUAGGCAAUGGCAAACUAAUUGCAGCUGGUACAAGGACAUCAGGCAACUUGUAUACUUUGACAGAAAGUAUUGAAGCAUCCUGUUUGAUGGGACAGGAGGAAGAACAAUGGAUGACUUGGGUUCAAUUCAUGAAGCACAAAUCUGAGGCAUUUGACAGAUUCAAGGUUUUCAAGAACCAAGUUGAGAAUGAGACAGGAAGGAAACUGCAGUGUCUGAGAUCAGAUAAAGGGGGUGCAUACACAUGGUCUGAGUUUGAUAAUUAUUGUUUUGAGCAUGGCAAUAAAAGACAAACAUCAGCUACAAAAACACCUCAACAAAACGGUGUUGCAGAAAGGAAAAACAGACUAGUAUAA